ACCAUCACCAACAAAUCCGACGCUGCCUGAGACCUUCACACCGCAUUCCCGCUCUUGCUUGCUUAGUCAAACGUACCUGCGUCCUCUUCGUCGCUCCUCUGUAAAUUUUCUCAUCACUACACGCUUCCAAAGCACGCACAUCAAUCCUCCGUAACAAUGUCCUGGCAAGCAUACGUUGACACUAGCCUCGUCGGCAGCGGCAACAUCGACAAGGCCGUCAUCUGUGAUGUAGCAGGCUCAGGCCCAUGGGCUGCCUCCGCAGGCUUCGAUCUUAGCGCUGCUGAGAUGAAGGCCAUCGCCGACUCAUUCGACGACAAGUCCGACCCCAAGUCCGUCAUCGCCAACGGUACCAAGAUAUGCGGCGAUAAGUACAUGACCAUUGAGUCAAGCGAAGACUCUCUCAAGGCAAAGAAGGGUAAAGAAGGUGUCGUCGCCUACAAGACCGCCCAAGCCCUCAUCAUCGCCCACCACCCAGAAGAUGUCCAGACCACCAACGCCUACAACACUGUCGUCGAACUCGGCGUUUACCUCAAGAACGCAGGAUACUAAAAUGCCUUUUGCCAUUCGAGGCUAUUUGUAGCGGAGGGAAAUAUCUGCGUAGCAUUGGGUGGACGGGGAGUGAUGGACUGCAUCCCUCGUGGGGUUGCUUAUGGAUAUAUACAUGAAUGACGAUGAACGACAUAGCUGGAUUGGAGACACUUGUUCGAUACAAUGACAUCACCUCAACCCAU